GGAAGAUUUUACGUCAGGAAGUAGAGGAUGCACCUCAUUGUUACUGGAGCGUGAGGAUAAGAAAGGUAACAGAGAAAGGUAACGGUCAGACUUUACGCGACUAACAGCUCUUCUUUCAUACCUUCUGAUACAGUUUAUCGGGAUCAACAGAGAUUUAAAGACACAAUGGCAUCAUCAGUCCCUGUAUCCAAAGCUAGCACUGCCUUCUCUCUGGCUAUGCUCAAAACGUUGAGUGAGGAGGACAGCACUGGAAAUAUCUUCUACUCUGGUCUCAGCAUCUCUGCAGCCCUCGCCAUGCUGAUGCUGGGGGCGAGGGGCAGCACAGCCACACAGAUGUCAGAGGUCCUCGGCUUUACUGAGGUUGAAAAACCAAAGCCGGCAGAAGAGAAACCGACACAAACACAGUCAGAAACGUCGUCAUCGUCGUCAUCGCUACAGACGCCAAUGCAGACGCUGAUGCAGACACGGAUGCAGACACGGACGCAGAUGCAGACGCAGAUUCAGCAGCAAACCAGACUGCCGGGCUAUCUGCGCAAGUGUCUGAAACCCCAGACCGGUGAGGAUGAUGUCCACGCCAAGUUUGCCAAACUACUAACUGAUCUGAACAAGGAUGAUGCUCCAUACUCCCUCAGUCUUGCCAACAGACUUUAUGGGGAUCGGUCCUACACGUUUCUCGAGGAAUUUUUAAAAGGCACCAAAAAGCAUUAUAAAGCUGAGCUCGAGUCUGUGGACUUCAAAGAAAAUGCAGAGGAGGCCAGGGUCCACAUCAACAGCUGGGUGGAGAAGCACACACGAGAUAAAAUCAAGGACUUGCUAAGCCAGGAUGCAGUUAAUAGCCUGACGAAGCUGGUUCUCGUGAAUGCCAUUUACUUCAAGGGCAGCUGGAACACGCAGUUUAAGGAGGAGAUGACUGCUGAUGCGCAGUUUCGACUGAACAAGAACGACACUAAGCCGGUGAAGAUGAUGCACCAGAAAAGUAAAUUUCCUUUUGCGACCAUUCCUGAGGCCAACUGCAAGAUUCUUGAGAUGCCCUAUAAAGGAAAUGACCUCAGCAUGCUCAUAUUCCUGCCUAAUGACAUAGAAGAUGAUACCACAGGCUUGGAAAAGCUGGAGAAGGAGCUGACCUAUCAGAACUUUGUGGACUGGACUCGCCCAGACAUGAUGAGCCCCAACGAGGUUGAUGUCAAGCUCCCUCGAUUCAAGAUGGAGGAGAAGUAUGACUUGGAGAAAAUCCUGACAAAAAUGGGAAUGGAGGACGCUUUUGAUAUCUACAAGAGUGACUUCUCUGGAAUGUCUCCAGCAAAUGAGCUGAUAUUGUCCAAAGUUGUCCACAAGGCUUUCGUGGAUGUAAAUGAAGAAGGAACUGAGGCUGCUGCUGCCACUGGGGUUGCCAUGGAAGUCCGCUCUAUAACGAUUCCGGUUGAGUUUGUUGCCGACCAUCCCUUCAUCUUCUUCAUCCAACAUAAACCCACCAAGAGCAUUCUCUUUGUGGGCCGGUACUGCUCACCCGAGUAAACACUAGCUGACAUUGACAUGAAUUAAACAUAACACAUUAUAUACAGUAUAAGAUUUUGUAAUGUAAACCUAGUUCAUACAAAUGAAGUAAAGAAAUGUUAUUAAAA